GGAUUCUUCCUGACGGUGUCACCAGAAGCAGUAUUAAAAGUGGCUGCUCAGGCUUCUGCCAACAACAAGAUCUUCAGCUUGAAUCUUUCUGCACCAUUUAUUAGCCAAUUCUACAAAGAGCCUAUGAUGAAAGUCAUGCCUUAUGUCGACGUUCUUUUUGGAAAUGAGACGGAAGCUGCCACUUUUGCUAGAGAGCAAGGCUUUGAGACUGAAGACAUUAAAGAGAUAGCCCGGAAGACACAAGCCCUGCCAAAGGUGAACACUAAAAGGCAGCGAAUCGUAGUCUUUACCCAGGGGAAAGAUGACACUGUAUUGGCUACAGAAAAUGAAGUUACUACUUUCCCUGUGUUGGUGAGUGAUCAGAGUGAAAUUGUGGAUACCAAUGGAGCUGGAGAUGCAUUUGUGGGAGGCUUUCUGUCCCAGCUGGUCUACGAGCGGCCAGUGACCGAGUGCAUCCGGGCCGGACAUUACGCCGCCAGCGUGAUCAUCAAGCGUUCGGGCUGCACCUUCCCAGAGAAGCCUGACUUCCACUGAUACUGGUGAAUUGGAGGGAUCAAGAGUAACUUCCGUGUUGCCAUGGGAUUGCUGCCUAAAUUUUUCCUCCUUCCCUUUCCUCACCUUUCCAGUACCUGCAUCAACGCUUCUGUACUUCUGUUCAUUGUAUUCUAAACAAAAUAUAUAUUUCUAUGCUGUUUUCCAUUUCAUGCAUCUACAAUGUCUCAGUAGUCUUAACUUUUGGAAACAGUGCUAAGUGAAGCUUAUUAUCUCAUCCAUCAGGAAAAAAUGUUCUAUUUACACAGUUUACAAGAAGGUCCCACUUAAAUGACACUGCUGAUUAACACCAUUAAAAUACUUCUGUUGAAUUAUCUAGUUUGUAUCCAGCUGUGGCCAAAUCCUAUUCAACUUCCAUGAAAUCAACAGACCUGACUUUAUUUGUCACUUAACAUUAUAAACCAGGAAUUGUUCUAUUAUAGUUGAGUCAGACUAGUGUAAAGAGAGGUCUAAAUGUCCCAAGAAUUUCCAUACAUAUUGGAGUGUACAAGAUCUGCCCAUCAGAUCCAGCCCAGCUUCCAUGAAAGUGCAUCAUUAUUUUGUCAGUAAUUUAAGGACAUGAUCCAAAGGUCAUGUCAUGCAUUCAGUUGUCUUGCACUGAUGCCAGUGGCUUUGGGUCUGGCACUAUGUGAGAGCAGGGUCUGGUCACCCCAGGUACAGUCACUUCUACCUGUCAGGUGAGCUCACAGAUAGGUACUUUCGGUGAUUUCAGGGCAGAUGCAUGAGUUGAUGAUGAACACAAACAUACAGAUAGUUCCUAUCUCCUCCAUGUGAGCUUCCUAGAGGCUACAUUAAGGUACACAUAAUGAAAAUGAGGUACAGAAAUAUUUAUGCAGGAUAUAUUGACAGGAUAUGCCAAAUGGAAUCUCUGAAACGCACAUUUUUAAACUUUUAAUUUACUUUGGAUAAUUAAGCAAUAUGGUGGAUUUUGUUUGUAUUUACAGUAUUCAAAGAGUUGAUCUGACACUGCAUUCAUUACUUUGCUAUGUAAUUUGAUACUGAUAAAUAAAAAAUUGUCAUACAGUAA